AUGGCUGCCGAGCAACACGAACGCGCUUUCCAGAAGCAACUCGGGGUGAACGUCGGGUUUGCGUCCGCGACGAAGAAGAAGACGCCGGGCAAGGGUGGUAACCGAUACUAUAAGAAUGUUGGUCUCGGGUUUAAGACGCCGCGCGAGGCGAUCGAAGGGACGUACAUCGAUAAGAAGUGCCCGUUCACGGGUAACGUGUCCAUUCGCGGUCGCAUCUUGACGGGCGUCGUCAAGUCCACGAAGAUGAACCGCACGAUCGUGAUGCGCAUGGAUUACUUGCACUUCAUUCGCAAGUACCAGCGUUACGAGAAGCGCCACACCAACAUCUCCGCGCACAUUUCCCCGUGCUUCCGAUGCAACGAAGGCGACAAGGUUGUCGUUGGCCAGUGCCGCCCGUUGUCCAAGACCGUUCGUUUCAACACGUUGAAGGUGAUCCCGAGCGGCUCCAAGGCGGGUAAGGCUUUCGUUGCGCACUAAGCGGUUUUAGGGAAG